AAACAGAAUAAAAUAUAAAAUAAAUAAAUUGUGAGCAUAAAACUGAAGAUUAUUUAUAUUAAAUAUAUUAUUCCAUGCAAAAUGUAUGACGAGACUAUAUCUAAGUAUAUCGAUGUACAUAUACUUGAUAAUCUUAUAGUUAUAUGAAAAGUAAAAAACGAUUUUUAACGCAAUUAAAAUCUAUCUGAGAUGGCUUAUGAUAAAAUAUUUAAUGCUUGGUAUUUACGUGAAUCAAAUCAUCGAAUGCCUAAACCAAAAUUAUAAGGAUUUUCGGAAAUAUAUCUCUUAUAUCAAAAGGAUGGAUAUGGAUAUGAUGUAAUCUCUAACUUACAAUCACUAACAAACCACAACCACAAAUGAGGUAAUCUCAAAAAUUUUUAUAAACAUGGAUAAUCAACAACAACAACAACAACAACAACAGCAGCAGCAGCAGCAGCAGCACUAUGCAACUACUGGCAGUGCUGCAGUACAGCCAGUCGCCACCUUAACACAACCGUUAAAUUCAAGCAGUGAAUAUGCAAACAUACCCAGUUCGUAUAUGACAAUUGACAUGAUUCCACCCCCGCCACCGGCAGUGCAAAGCAUAUCAACACCAGGAAGUUCUACUACCACGUUUAAGACUCCACUUUUACCCAUGCCAACAUUAGAGGAUAUUGAGGCUGCAACUGUCAGUCAGCCUAUAAUAGCUGGUAGUAUACGUAAGUAUCCUUCGACGAGUGCGACAACAAAUGUUAUACCUUUGAGUAUGCCACCACCACCAUUGGGUGUAGGACCAGGACCACCACCUGGCGUUGUUGGUAUCGCAUCGUCGCUAACACCAACUGCCACAUCAGCUGUAGUCGCUACCGGCAAUCUUGUCAGUUUGACUAGUACAAAUAUUGACGCGACGACAUGUGGCACUUUAAAAAGUACGGCCAAAUUACAAACACCCGCCACGCUGACCGCAACAAGUAAUAUUGCUGCAGGCAAUAAUAAUUGCAAUACUGCCGCUACGACUUCCACCUCCGUUUCAGGUAAUAGUGGUACAAGCGUGCCACCACCACCCCCUCCGUCGCAUACAUUACUCACUUCAACUGCCAGCUCAAGCAAGAACAGUAGUCGUAGUAAUUUACAACACAGACCCGCCUCACCCAAGUGCUGUGCUUGUUUCGGUUCUGGCAACAAACAGGGGCGUAACUCUUACAACAACAAUUCAGCUAACACACAUCCUACAAAGUCGUCAGGCUCAACGCUAUCAACGAAAUCGAACACAGCUGGCAACACAACGAAGAAGAAUAGACGACGACACCGUAAACACAACUCUCAAACAAUUUGGUCUGCGGUUCUUACCAAUCUGGGCAUAUGUGCUCUUUUGUUAGCCUACACACUGUUAGGUUCCUUUAUAUUCUUAACCAUUGAGAGCGAAGACUCGCAGUUAUUACAACAGCAAAGAACAUUGGCCUCCACUAAAAGGGGUGGAAACGGUGCUGGUCCCACACAUACAUUGGGACGUAGUGGGAACGCUAAUAUGAACAGCAACAACAUUUAUCAUAAUAUUCAGCUUACACAACAACAACAACAACAGCAGCAACAACAGACGCUACAACAGCAUUUGGAUAAUGGCACUUUAGUUAGUCCUGCCAUCUCAUCAUCAUCAUCUUCAGCCACAGCAUCAUUAGCAUCAUCCUCGUCAUCGUCAUCGUCAUCGUCAUCGACAUCUAUGCUAGAGGGCAUGCUCAGCAUGAAUGGCAAUAAUAAUGAUUUUGUUUAUGGUGACGACGCCACACCUCAAUACGCUUUAGCCCCGGAUACCUAUGAUGUGCGUCAACGUACCAUUGAGAAUAUAUGGGAUAUAACGGUUUCCCUUAACAUACUAUAUAAGGAAAAUUGGACAAAAUUGGCUGCUCUGGAAAUUGCUAAAUUUCAAGACCAAUUAAUCAAGAGACUGAACGAGGAUGCUCUUCUACAAUUAUCGCCCGAAACGGAUGUCAAUGGUAAUAACCCCGCAACGGAAGCCGUUCUGCUUUACCAUCAACAUCAUGGCGGCACACCAGCACAUCACUUGCAUCACUCACAUUUUUAUCAUGAAUGGAAUUUUGCUAAAGCAUUUUUUUACUCGUUAACCGUGUUAACAACAAUAGGUUAUGGGAAUAUCGCGCCUCGCACUACUUUAGGACGUUUAGUGACACUGGCUUAUGCAUUUUUUGGGAUACCUCUGACGUUAGUAUAUCUUUCUAGUACGGGUGGCAUAUUGGCGAAAGUAGCGCGCGAAGUCUUUUCAAAGGCUUUAUGUUGUUGCUUAUGCUCGAAUUGUGGUUACUGCUGUUACGAUGAGAAACGUAUGGCUGAGAAGGAGAGACGAAUGAAACGGAAACGCCAACAAGAGGAAUUGAGGAAACAACAACAGGCGACCAUUCAAGAGCCAUAUUAUGUACGUUCAGGAUCUAUGGCUGAUGCGUAUCAAACGCCUGAAAAACAAUCAUUAGGUAACAGUAGUCUACAUAUGCCCGAUUUGGAUUCAGUAAGUGCCAGCGAAUCGCGCGGCAGUAUGCACGGUUUAGCGAUAUUGGCGCCAGUUUUAUUAUGCUUUAGCAUGAUGAUCAUUUAUAUAUUAUUUGGCGCUGCGGUCUUAUACCGUUUAGAGGACUGGCCUUUAUUGGAUGGCAUUUACUUUUGUUUUAUGAGUCUAUCAACGAUCGGUUUUGGUGAUAUGAUGCCCGGUUUCCGACGUGAUUCCACAACUACCAUAUGGUUUUGUUCGAUUUACAUAAUGUCUGGUAUGGCUUUAACGGCCAUGUGUUUCAAUGUUAUACAUGAGGAGAUUGUGAAUCGUAUAAAAAUUGUUGUAGAAUUUAAAAAGACUUCAACAAUGGAAACAACGAACGAGGAGCCUGGUUAUUAUAUGCCACCUUGACACUAUGAAAAGAAAACCAAUUUAUAUCCAAGAAAUCCCACCGAAGAAACUUUGGUUACCGGUACUCCAACUUCUCUAGUGUUUGGAAGUCAUCAGGAGAAUGAAUUAAAUAAUAUGCACGUC